CGACGAACCCACCCCCUCAAGAAUAUUCCCGAUGUCUGAAAACUCCAACUUUACCCGUUUCGUUGAGGUCGGCCGUGUCGUGCUCGUCAAGAGCGGUCCUUCCGCCGGCCACAUCGCAGUGAUUUCCGAAAUCAUUGACCACAACCGGGCAAUCAUUGACGGCCCUACCACCUCAGUUCCCCGCCAGUCCUUCCCCUACAAAUACCUCACCCUCACUCCUCUCCUCGUCAAGGGCCUCCCCCGCGCUGCUGGUUCAGGUGUCAUCAAAAAGUUCCUCGAGAAGCAGGAGACCGUCUCAAAAUGGGAUUCGUCGGCAUGGGCGAAGAAGUUGGCCGCAGUCCAGUCGAGGAGGGCAUUGAGCGACUUCGAGAGGUUCAACGUCAUGGUGCUGAAGAAGCAGAGGAGAGACAGCGUCAGGAAGUCGGUGAAGGCCUCUGCGAAGGCAUGAGCGCUCUUCAUUUCUGUGCGUUUAUGUCUCGUGGGGAGGUUUGGAUUGGAGGGUGGCGGUGUACUUGAGGUUUCGUCCUGUCUUCACGCUUUUCGCAUGCAUGCAUCUGCCUAUGUCAAUUCCAUGAAUAUGCCAUGCAACAUCCACAUCUAUGACGGGC